AUGGGGGAUGCGGCCGACAAGAACAAGGGCAAAUGGCUGUUCGUGGCCGUGUUUUCCGCCGUGAUCCUGUGCAUCCUCCUCUACGCUUCGGGCUUCCCCAUGCCCGUCCCGUACGGGGCCGCCGGCUUCUUCGGGCCGCGCGGUGCCGGCAACGCCGGCGCUCUGGCUCGUCUUGACAACCAGGUGCACUCCCCGUGCUCGUCGCUGCCCGACCACACCAUCUGCUGCGACCGCUCGGACGAGAACGCCGACGUCUGCUUCAUGUCCGGCGACGUGCGCACGGACGCCGCGUCCCUGUCGCUCCUGCUGUUCCCGCCGCGGGCGCGGUCGCCGGCGGCCGGCGCCACCGCGGAGGAGGAGCGGAUACGGCCCUACACGCGCAAGUGGGACGGCAAGGUCAUGGGCGAUAUCCAGGAGGUGCGGCUCCGUGUGGCCCGGCCGGGGGAGGAGGCUGCCGGCGCCGCGCACCGGUGCGACGUCCGGCACGACGCGCCGGUCCACGUCGUGACGGCGGGGGGAUACAACGGCAACUACUUCCACGCGUUCAACGACGGGUUCCUGCCGUCGUGGGUGACGGUGCAGCACCUCCGCCGCCGCGUCGUGCUCGCGGUGCUCUCGUACAGCCCGCGGUGGGCCGGCGCGUACCGCGAGGUCAUCUCCGGCCUGUCGGGCUACCCCGUCAUCGACCUGCUCAGGGACACGAGGACGCAUUGCUUCCCGGGCGCCAUCGUCGGGACCCGCUUCCACGGCUACCUCGCCGUCGACCCCGCACGGCUCCGGGACAACAAGACCAUCGUGGACUUCCACCGCUUUCUCGCCGGCGUGUACGAGCCGUUGUCCCAAUCCCAAGGCGGCGGCGGCGGCGAGCCGGUGGAGAGAGCACGUCAACAUCAUCCGCGGAGGCCAAGGCUCGGGAUCGUGUCGCGCAGGGGCACCCGUGUGAUCGAGAACCAGGCGGCCGUGGCGGAGCUCGAGGCAUCGGUCGGGUUCGACGUCGACGUCCUGGAGACGGGCAACGGCAACGCCAUGGCGCCACCGCCGCUGCUCUCGGCGGUGUACGCGUGGCGGGGCGUUUUUUCGCUCAUAUAUCGCAAUGAACCGUUGGGCCUCACCCAGAUUUACAUCGCGCAACCUCUUCGGCACGCCGGCCAAGAAAUAUGGAUGGGGCUGCAAACUACGAGCGGAGCACGACGGCAGGACCCAGUUUUUGCACGGCGCGAGAGCUCGCUGAGCCGCGAGUACUCGCCGGAGCACGUCGUCGUGGCCGACCCAGAGAGGGCGAAGCGGAGGCAGGGGAGCACCGAUGAGGGGGACUGGGACUGGGACUUCGUCGGCCGCGUGUACCUCAACGGGCAGAACGUGAGCCUGGACCUCGCCAGGUUCGGGGAGACGCUGGCCAGGAUGCACUCUCGACUGCUGCGGCAACGAGAGAGGGAGGAGGGCCCCGAGUAG